CAAACACCGUCUGAGUGUGAUAAAUUACUACAAACCAUUACAAACAUGUCGGACCCAGACAGUGACUGACAGCCAGUAUCUGUCUGAUGAACGGUUGUUUGAUGUGACUGUGACGCGGACAGACGGUCCAGAGUCUAACAGUCACCGUGUUAGCAGCAACACAUCACCGACAUCACCGACAUCCAGACCGGCCAAUGCGAGUUAACCGUGAGGUCGUGGGACCGCAGGGGGACGUGGGGAAGUAGCAGCAGCGAUGUUAGCCAGCUAUAGCGACAUUUAAUGAAGGAAAAAGCUGCUUCUAUACGGAGACAAGCGGUCCAGCAUGGUGAACCUAUGCUAACUCUCUGUAGCAGCUAACAGCUAAUAUUGCUGGUCAGCAGCCAGCUAACUUUAGCAGCCUUUACUCAGUAGUUCCUGGUCAGGGCCUCCUCUCUUCCUUUCUCUUGUUACCUACUGCUUCCGGAAAUUCAAGGGCCAUGGAUUUCCCGGGCCACUUCGAGCAGAUCUUCCAGCAGCUCAACUAUCAGCGUGUCCACGGUCAGCUGUGUGACUGUGUCAUCGUGGUGGGCAGCAGACACUUCAAGGCCCACCGCUCGGUGCUGGCGGCCUGCAGCACCCACUUCAGAGCCCUGUUUACGGUCGCAGAUGGAGAUUCUAGCAUGAACAUGAUCCAGCUGGAUAGCGAGGUGGUGACAGCUGAAGCUUUUGCUGCUCUGGUGGACAUGAUGUACACCUCAACACUGAUGCUGGGGGAGAGCAAUGUCAUGGAUAUUCUCCUUGCAGCCUCACAUCUGCAUCUCAACAAUGUAGUCAAGGCCUGCAAACACUACCUGACUACGCGCACCUUGCCCAUGUCCCCCCCAUCUGACAGAAACACGCAUCACCACCCUCAGCAGGAGCAGCAGAGGCACAGGCAGCAGCAGCAGCAGCAGCAGGUCGCAGAUUUAGCAGUGAACCCUACCCUGGCAGCUAAUGCUAACCUCGCAGCAAAUGCUGCCACAUCAAAGUUGCAGCGCUCCUUCCUCCUGCAGCAGCUGGGGCUCAGCUUGGUGAGCUCUGCUUUAGGUGGGAUGGAGGAGGACGGAGUUGGAAACGUAGUUGGCAGUAGAGCAGUCGAACAGAGGGCCUCCUUUCCGAUCCGACGCUUCCACAAACGUAAGCCCUCUCUGGGCCUGUCGGAGGAGAGACCCAGGCAGAGGCAGCGGCCCUCAGGUCCUAACAUGGGGCUGUUAGGAGAAGAAGGGGUGAGCGCAGAGCGAGAAGAAGGAGCGCUACUCUCCCCGGACUCCCACAAGAUGGGCGAUGAAUCCAAAUUGGAUGCCGCAAUCACUGGCCUAGUAGGCAUGUCCCAUGAUGAUCCUCAGAUGCCCAGCCAGUCCGACAGUGGACACUGUGAGGGGGAGGACUUGGGGAGAAUGCAGGGAGGGGUGAGGAAGGAGGAGGACAUGGAAGACCAGGACCACCAGGUCAACAGAGCAGGGGUGAAGAUCAAAUCAGGGAUGGAGGAGGAGGCAGAAGAACAGGAACAGAAGGUGGUGGUUAAACGAGAGCCGCUAAGUUCGCCUGAGCCAACUGAUGAAAUCGGCGACGUGACAUCGCAGGCUGAGCCCGGAGGCCAGGAGGAGGAGGAGAAGGCAGAGCUGAGCCCAGAGAGCAGCGACCGCAGCUUCACCUCUGAACUCCAUCCCAGCUCUGAGUCUCUGCUGCAGCCCAGCGCUCAGCUGCUCCUCAAAAGCACCAUGGGAGGAGUUACCGGAGUCGGAGGAGGCUUUGGGUGUAAUAGCGGACUGGGUGGCAAAGCUGGUUUUAGUAUUUCUAGCUUCCUCAACCCAAAGGAUUUCGGGAAUGGCGGGACAGGGUUGGUUACUGGAGAGGAUGACCUCCCCAACACAACAACCGGCGAUGCCGUAGCACACCACUUCCUGCUCAGACAGGAAGCUGCUGGACCAUCUGGCUCUGCUUCUUCCUCUCUUCUGAAGUCAGGUCCGCUCGGUGGCGAGAGUCGCAACGGUUUUGGAAACAACCUACAAGCCGAUUCUCUAUUCCUCCGCCCCCUGCAAGAUGGUUUAGGGAACCCUCGAGGAAGUGGGGGAAGUGGUAGCGGAGGGCGUGGAGGGGUAGAUCCCUUUGGUUUGGACUUCCAGCGCUCUAGUCUCGGACUUCACUCCCUGGGGCGACCCUCACGAGGAGCUGCAGGAGCAGCUGCCGCCGCUCUGUGUUAUCCAGGUUACAGACGCAUUGCUCCGAAAAUGGCCGGCAGCAUGGGAGGAGAAGAAGGAGUAGGUGGUGUUCUCCAGGAUGCUGCCUCUUCCUCCUCAACUCUGGCAAAUCCUCUGCUUCUAAACGAGAGCGGUGGAUAUGAGAUGAACAAUGGCAGGCCCACCUCCCUCCCCCCUCAGCUGACCCGAGCUUCAGCGGACGUCCUGUCCAAGUGCAAGAAGGCCCUGUCGGAGCACAACGUCCUGGUGGUCGAGGGAGCUCGGAAAUACGCCUGUAAAAUCUGCUGCAAAACCUUCCUCACCCUGACUGACUGCAAGAAACACAUUCGCGUCCACACAGGGGAGAAACCCUACGCAUGUCUUAAGUGUGGAAAGCGCUUCAGCCAGUCCUCCCACUUGUACAAGCAUUGCAAAACCACCUGUUUGCGUUGGCAGAACACUAACAUGUCCAAUGCCCUGCUGUAGGACUGAGGUCACGGCAACAAAGUGGAGCGGGGCAACAGGGUGAAAACAUUAGUAAUCAAUGAUGGGCUGAAAAUUAAAGUCCCAAAAAUGUUUGGAUUUUUUCUGAAGCUGUGACAGAGCAGCUGGAUCUGAUCCGCUGUUUUGUCCUGAUGACAGACCAAAGAUAGAGAUAAUCGUACAUCUUCUUUUCCAGGACAAACCCACACUGUCAAGUUCUUGUAAACACAUGGAGCCUGUUAAAAGAUUAUAGAGAUGCAGGACCUGCAAAGUACCACAUCUGUUGCUAUGGAUUCAUCAUAGAGAACCAUAGAUGUACACUGUAUACUCCCCUGUUGUAAUUGUGAGAGUAUUAUGAGGAUUUUGGACUCCUCCGGGCCAGUCUAGGCUUUUUUGAAGCUGCUACACUGUUAGCUAUAUUGUCUUUCUAUAUCAUGUGGGCCCUCUUGUUGUUAGUUGAAACUUAGAUCUGUUGAGGUGAUCCCUUAAUUUUGUGGUACGCUUAUUGAAGCAAAUUUGACUCACUAACACUCUGUGUGGGUGUUUGCAGAUGAGAGGCAGCUGUGCAGCACCAACUUUAAGAACAAAGAUCAUGUAAAAUAGCUUGAUAAUGUGUAGAUUUCUCACUGCACAUUUGUAAAACAUGUAGCAGCAUCCCACAUCAGACUGUUGAGUCAUCGUAAUCGUGCGAGGGCAGUCAUAUAGACUGUGAACUAACUGGUUCAGAUUCAGUUUGUGCGCGACAGGUAUAAUGCCUGUAAGUACCGUUGAUAGUUGUUUGCUCUUGAUACUCUACUGUACAAAAAGGUGGAUAGAGUCCUGUGAGGCGGGCUGAGGUAAUGCUGAAAUCUGUCACUUUUUGCAAGUUCAACCAACAGAAAAGAUGACAGACAAUCUACAGUUGUAUUAGUUUUUUUUUACCCUGUUGUUCUAUGAAGUGAAACUGGACAAAUAAUAUAAACUUGAUGCUUUUAUUUUCUGAAGUGAUGAAAUUUGAGGCGAUUGACAUUGUCAACCAGGACAGGAGCAACCCAGUGCAACAUUUCUCAGUAGCUGAUGAUGGAUGUUCAUGUCACAUUCAAUCACCAAAUCAGGUCAAAUGUUUGACCUCUGUAGUUGCCUUUCAGUCCAAGCACCUUUAAAUUACCAUCACCAGAAGUGUCGCUGAGCUCAGUUAAAGUUGAGAAUAUGUCAGUGGCCUUCACACUUCCUGUGACUACAAACAUGUAUACCUGUAGUUUGUCAAGUACAAGUUUUAGAGGAAUGUGAAACGCUGAAUUGCUGUGAUCAACCUCUCGCCCCAGUUUGUGCUUGUCAGGCAUUAUGCUAUUAACCCGAGAAUUAAGUCACAUUGUUUAGGGGAGCAAUGAGGGAGAGGAAAAUGUCAACUAUCACCAUCUUUGUAUUAAAAGCAGGAAAAAAAUCUGCA